CCCUCCACCUCCUCCUCCUCCAUCUCCCCCUCCACCUCCUCCUCCUCCAACUCCCCCUCUACCUCCUCCUCCUCCAACUCCCCCUCCACCUCCUCCUCCUCCAUCUCCCCCUCUACCUCCUCCUCCUCCAACUCCCCCUCUACCUCCUCCUCCUCCAACUCCCCCUCCACCUCCUCCUCCUCCAUCUCCCCCUCCACCUCCUCCUCCUCCAACUCCCCUCUAUCCUCCUCCUCCAACUCCCCCUCCACCUCCUCCUCCUCCAUCUCCCCCUCCACCUCCUCCUCCUCCAUCUCCCCCUCCUCCUCCUCCAUCUCCCCCUCCACCUCCUCCUCCUCCAUCUCCCCCUCUACCUCCACCUCAUCCAUCUCCCCCUCCACCUCCUCCUCCUCCAUCUCCCCCUCCACCUCCUCCUCCUCCAUCUCCCCCUCUACCUCCACCUCAUCCAUCUCCCCCUCCACCUCCUCCUCCUCCAUCUCCCCCUCUACCUCCUCCUCCUCCAACUCCCCCUCCACCUCCUCCUCCUCCAUCUCCCCCUCUACCUCCUCCUCCUCCAUCUCCCCCUCCACCUCCUCCUCCUCCAUCUCCCCCUCUACCUCCUCCUCCUCCAACUCCCCCUCCACC